UUUAGGAUUUACAGUCAGCUGUUUUGACGUAACUCUCGCUCGGCAUAUUACUGUCUAUUAAACAAAACCGAUUUUAAAUAAGAGUAUUUUAAAAAUGGUGCGUUUAAAUAUAGUCCAGCUGACAAAACGUGUGCCUCUCAUCCAAUUUCGGAAGGGAGGUUCAGCUUUGACCAACAAACCAGCGGCAAGUCAACAGGCAAGUUCAAAGGAUUCCGGAGCCAAAAAGACUUCUGGAGGACCAGCAAUUGAGGAUUGGGAAUUGCCUGCGCGCUUCGCCCGCAAGCCGAUCGAUCCCUUGGAGGCAGAGUAUAUCAACAAUGGCGGAAUACCCAAUUGAAAUGGUUCUCGAAGCACUGCUUAAAAUAAAUUGUAAUAGUAAAGCCUUGUAAACACAUCGUAAUGUAUUGCUUGUAU